AUGUUCGUGCUCAACGUUGAUCUCUGGAACGAGGACGGCACCCGCGAGGUCAAUCUCGUCCGCUCUUCCACAAGCAGCAGCCCGUCGGUCUCGUCCACAGUGACAUAUCCAUACGGAUCAAUUUCUGUUGGAGAGAGCUCGCAUACGUAUGGACAGAGCGCCCAUCCCCCCAGCCGCGAGGCACCUUACAGCGUGUCACAAACUGCAAGCUAUGCUCCGGAAUAUCAAACGCAGCCUACAUACUCUCAAGGCUCUUCAGCGUACCCUUCAAACGGCACAUAUGGUCCGCCGCAGCAGUAUUUCCCACAGCACCAGGCAUACCGCACAGAGACAGGUCCUCCUGGGGCAAUGCAAACGACAGUGGGGGGCUUCAGGGGAUAUGCACAGGACCAGAAUGCCCUGACCAAGAUGGCCGUCGUGGGCGGGCAGCCCCAGGGCAUGUUCACCCGGAAUCUCAUUGGGAGCCUGGCCGCAAGUGCAUUCCGCCUCGCCGAUACGUCGGAGCACCUGGGCAUCUGGUUUGUCCUGCAGGACUUGAGUGUCCGAACUGAAGGGCCAUUCCGCUUGAGGUUCUCCUUUGUCAACGUUGGCCCCCUUGCGGGACAGAAUGGCGCCAAGGUCAACACGGGAAGGGCUCCCAUAUUGGCGUCGUGUUUCAGCGAAGUGUUUAAUGUGUACUCGGCCAAAAAGUUCCCGGGUGUCUGCGAGAGCACGCCGCUCAGUAAGACGUUUGCGGCUCAGGGCAUCAAGAUUCCGAUCCGCAAGGACGCCAACCUCAAGGGAGGAGAUGGCGAG